GAACGCUGCACAGCUGGGUGCGGCGUUGGUCUGUGAGGGCUCCGCCGUCGACAUGCCUGGGAUAGACAAGCUGCCCAUCGAGGAGGCGCUGGAGGACAGUCCCCAGACUCGGUCUUUGCUGGGUGUGUUUGAAGAAGAUGCUGCAGCAAUAUCUCGUUACAUUAACCAGUUAUACAAAGCCAUGCACCGAAUUUAUGAUGCACAGAAUGAAUUAAGUGCAGCAACACAUUUAACUUCGAAGCUUCUAAAAGAAUACGAGCAGCAGCGCUUUCCUUUGGGUGGUGAUGAUGAAGUUAUGACUUCUACUCUGCAGCAGUUUGCAAAAGUGAUAGAUGAGCUCAGUUCUUGUCAUGCUGUUCUGUCAACUCAGUUAGCUGAUGCCAUGAUGUUUCCCAUUACUCAGUUCAAGGAAAGGGAUUUAAAAGAAAUACUGACUUUAAAAGAAGUUUUCCAGAUCUCAAGCAAUGAUCAUGAUGCUGCCAUUACCAGAUAUAGUCGUCUGUCAAAAAAAAGAGAGAAUGAGAAGGUCAAAUAUGAAGUUACAGAAGACGUUUAUACUUCCAGGAAGAAACAACAUCAGACUCUGAUGCAUUACUUUUGUGCACUAAAUACUCUUCAGUACAAGAAGAAAAUUGCUAUGUUAGAACCUUUGUUAGGAUACAUGCAAGCUCAGAUAAACUUCUUCAAGAUGGGAUCAGAAAAUCUUACUGAACAGCUGGAAGAGUUUUUAACAAACAUUGGAACAAGUGUGCAGGAUGUUCGCAGGGAAAUGGAUCGUGAAGUAGAGACGAUGCAGCAGACGAUAGAAGACUUGGAGGUCGCCAGUGACCCACUCUACUUGCCUGACCCUGAUACCACAAAAUUCCCUAGCCAACGGAACCUCACUCGGAAAGCGGGUUAUCUUAACGCAAGGAAUAAAACAGGGCUCGUGUCUUCCAGUUGGGACAGGCAGUUUUAUUUCACACAGGGUGGAAACUUAAUGAGCCAAGCACGAGGAGAUGUUGCUGGAGGACUUGUGAUGGAUAUAGACAACUGUUCAGUCAUGGCUGUGGAUUGUGAAGACAGACGAUAUUGCUUUCAGAUAACGUCUUUUGAUGGCAAAAAGUCUUCUAUUUUGCAGGCAGAGAGCAAAAAAGAUUAUGAGGAGUGGAUAUGUACAAUAAACAACAUCUCUAAACAGAUAUACCUAAGUGAAAACCCAGAGGAAAUUGCUGCACGUGUAAACCAGUCAGCUCUGGAGGCUGUCACCCCCUCACCUUCCUUCCAGCAGAGACAUGAAAGUAUGAGACCAGCAGUACAGUCUCGUCCUUCCACAAAUCGUACUAGCAGCACUGGGUCUUUGGGAUCGGAUUCAGCAUCUCUGUCAGCACUUUCCUUGGAUUCACUUGUUGCGCCUGACACACCGAUACAGUUUGACAUCAUUUCUCCUGUGAGCGAAGAUCCACCUGGCCAGACAAAAACCUCAGGACAGUCAGGCAGGCGUACAAACCCUUUUGGAGAAUCUGGAGGGCUUAAAUCAGAAACAGAAGAUUCUAUCCUUCAUCAGUUAUUUAUUGUGAGAUUCCUUGGGUCCAUGGAGGUGAAGUCUGAUGAAAAUCCUGAUGUUGUUUACGAAACUAUGCGCCAAAUACUAGCAGCUCGAGCUAUACACAACAUUUUCAGGAUGACAGAAUCACAUCUGUUAGUCACAUGUGACUGUUUAAAGUUAAUUGAUCCACAGACACAAGUUACAAGACUCAGGUUUCCUUUGCCAAAUAUAGCUCUAUAUGCUACACAUCAGGAGAACAAACGCCUUUUCGGAUUUGUACUUCGAACUUCAUCAGGGAGACCAGAUAGCCGGCCGACUUCAGUCUGUUAUAUAUUUGAAUCAAACAAUGAAGGGGAAAAGAUCUGUGACUCUGUAGGACUUGCAAAACAGAUUGCAUUUCAUGCUGAAUUGGAUCGUAGAACCUCAGAGAAACAGAAAGAAAUAGAGAGAGUGAAAGAGAAACAACAAAAGGAGCUCAGCAAACAAAAACAAAUUGAAAAGGACUUGGAAGAGCAGAGCCGUCUAAUAGCUGCUUCUAGUAGAUCUAAUCAGAGUGCUGGAGAUGGCCAAUUUGUCACCCUUAGUAGUAGCCAGUCAGAAGACAGUGAUUUGGGAGAAGAAGGGAAGAAGAAACGUGAAUCAGAAGCAUGAGUAGGAAUCUUUGGACCUUUGUCUGAGAUGGCAUAGAAUGCAGAAAAAAACAAAGGUGGAGGUUUCCUUUAUUAGAUGAGACUUCAUAUUCUGAAUUUUUGUUUUUGUUUUCCUU